GGCAGCAUCACGAUUUUUGGCGACAGUCAUAAACUUGCGGGCGGGGGUGGCAGAGGUAUGUUCUGUUACCAUUGCCCGCCUUCUUUACACCCUGGAGCUCCUCAACCGAGAUUACCAACGUUGGAAUACCCUUUUACAGCUUCACAUCCAUAUACCAGUUAUUCUUACCAUCCGGCAAUCCAUGAUGAUACGUUUGUAAGGAGGAAACAAAGAAGGAAUCGGACUACGUUUACAUUACAACAGUUGGAAGAAUUGGAAAGCGCCUUUGCACAAACCCACUAUCCUGAUGUAUUUACGAGAGAAGAUUUAGCAAUGAAAAUCAAUUUAACAGAAGCAAGAGUACAGGUAUGGUUCCAAAAUAGACGUGCCAAAUGGAGAAAGGCGGAACGCCUAAAAGAAGAACAACGCAAACGUGAAGGACACGAUAUUGUUAAAAUAGAUGGAGAUUCUACUAAAGAAGAAAAAAUUGAAGACGGUCAAACUACAAGUUCUUCUCCGGAAAUCGCCGCAGACGUUCGCGAAUGUUCCAGUCGAAGUUCGGCGGCUGCGGAAAGUCCCGAGCCGCCCCGAAACGUUCCGGAACCGGAUCGGUCAAGUCCGUCUUCACAGCACAGCAAUCCUACAUCUCCGGCUCCUUCGGAACCACCCAAGCCUUUGCAGCACAAUUUUUCGCACAUGUUCCCAUUCGGAGACGGCGCCGGCGGCGGAUUCAGACCGGUCAUGGACGGCGCUACCAGAAACACGCCGCCUUCGCUAUUUUUUCCGCCCCAUUUGGCUUCGCACUUGAGCUCGCAAUUUUCGCCUCCGCUAUUCCCAACUUUGAAAGGUUUCCCAGGUUUGUGUUCGUGUUGUCCAAUGAAACCACUCGGCAGCUCGCACCAUUUGCUCCCAAACAACGACUCGGCGUCGACGAUCUCGCCCGAAGGCAGCGAUCAGCGACAAUCGAGCGUGGCCGAGCUUAGACGGAAAGCUCAAGAGCACUCGGCAGCGCUGCUGCAAAGUUUACAGCACGUCGCCAAUUUCCAGCACGCGGCCGGGUUGAAUUUUCCGUUGCUGCCGCCGCUUACGUUGCAAGCGUUGCAGCGCAAGCACGAGCUGGGUAAUAGUGCGAGUCCGGAGGCUGCAAAAGAUGCUUCGCCUACGUAGGAUUUAAGACUGAUUUUGUUUUAAGUUACCUAAAGAGAAUUUUGAUGUGAUUGAUGGAUCAAAAUCUGAGUCUGAGCUUGAAAAACAACAUCAAGUUACUCAUUUAUGAAGUUUAUUUUGUUUGUAACUGUUUCAAGUUUUGAUUUGGGGCUUUUUUUUCUUUGGAAAUUUGAAGCUAUAUGCACGUUGAGGAAUGUAAAGGAGAAAGUUGAGAUUUGUACUUCGUGCAAAAUUUUUAUUUAUAAAUUAGUGCAGAGCGCUUUCGGCCUAGUGCAUCUUCAGUGCUACCUGAAAAGUAAGACAACCAGUGUUGCCAGAGAGCAAAAAUUUUUUGUACCAAAAUUGUACGAGAGCGGUUUAUUCGGCAACUCGGCGAGGGUCCUUAUUCUUAAAACAGGGGAGCAACCUUCUCAGGAGAACGAGAGUUCUGUCUUUCUCAAUGAUUUGCAAAUGAUAAUAUAAGUAACAAAGACGGAAUACUCGUUCACCUGAGAACGCUUCUCCCUUGUUUCAAGAAUAAGGACCCAGGGAGGACACGCUGAUUCCUCC